UGUCAAUGCCUGGAAGUGUAAUCGCACUGACGAGUGGACGAGUGAGCACUCUGAUGCACAGAGGAGAACGAGAGAAGAAGAAGAAAUAAAAGAAGAAGAAAUAAAAGAAAUACAAGAAGAAGAAAUAGAAGAAAUAGAACAAGAAGGAGAAGGAGAAAUAGAAGAAAUAGAACCUGGAAGUGUAAUCACACUGCUGAGUGGACGAGUGAGCACUGAUGAACAGGCAGUGGAGAGAGAGAGGAGAGGAGGAGAAGAAGGAGGAAUAAAAGAAGAAGAAGAAAUUGAAGAAAUAGAAGCAGACCUGGUUGGAGUUCAGCAGUGACUCCUGGGGGGGCCAGUGUUUUGGUGUUUUCGUCAGUUACUCCUGGGGGGCCAGUGUUUUGGUGCUGAGGCGUUUGUGUGCCGUGGGUCUGGAUUAUUGGAAACAGGACAUGGCUGUGACCGGGAUGAAACUGAGUCAGCUGCUACUGGAGACCUCCCUGCGUACCAGCUGCGUCCCCCCACCUCAGGACUGGCCCAGAGCGUCGUCAUGGCGACGUCCCCAGGCUCCAUCCAGAGUCCAUCAGGACAACACGCAGAGGAGAUGACCCGCAAGAGGGAGGUCCGACUGAUGAAGAACCGGGAGGCGGCUCGUGAGUGUCGCAGGAAAAAGAAGGAGUACGUCAAAUGUCUGGAAAACCGCGUGGCCGUGUUGGAAAACCAGAACAAGACUCUGAUCGAAGAGCUGAAGGCGCUGAAGGACAUUUACUGUCACAAAGCAGAGUAGGAGGGGCAACGUCCUGUGGACACGCCCACUCCAACCAAAACAUCCAAACUAAAGCUAAAGUCCAAAAGACUCUGGAACUAAAACUGAAAAAACAAAAACAAAAAACAGACAAAAAAGACCCGCCCACCAGAACAGGUUCACCACACCUUCUGUCACGAACCAGCAAAGACCCGCCCACCCGAACAGGUUCACCACACCUCCUGUCACGAACCAACAAAGACCCGCCCACCAGAACAGGUUCACCACACCUCCUGUCAUGAACCAGCAAAGACCCGCCCACCAGAACAGGUUCACCACACCUCCUGUCACGAACCAGCAAAGACCCGCCCACCAGAACAGGUUCACCACACCUCCUGUCACGAACCAGCAAAGACCCGCCCACCAGAAGAGGAAGUGGUGGAGGAAGUCCAGCUGCUUCCUGCUCAUGUCGCUCCUGAACCCACGGCAGGUGGGCGGGCUCUUUUCUACCAGCCAGUUCCUCUGAGGCCACAAAAGGAAAAAGUCCAGUUCUUUUUGCUCUUUGUGACAUAAAUGCUCCUUUAGCCUUUAUAGAGGGACAUGAUGGGACUGAGGAGCAGGUCAGUCCAAAUAAAUAAAUGUGUAUUUUUUCAUGGUUUGGAUCAAGUCAAAGCACAGCAGGACCCACAGUGUCACAUAUCUAACACCUUUCUAUUCCAGAACCAUCUGAGGCUUUUAAACCCGUUCUGUACAGAUUCUCCAACUGCUUUGAUCAGAAUGUGUUUGUUGUGUUCUGAACCUUUUGUAAAUAGAUGUAGAAUUCUUUUGUGCUUUGCUGUCACGCAGGCGUCAUUUUUGCUGUUUUGGUGACACUUUGCGCUCAGCUCAGUGGGACAGUAGUUUGAUCGUUAACCCUUUCAUGCAUGAAUUAUUAGAACCUUUGUCGAGGUCUUUGCUUGGGUGUUUUUAUUCCUCAUUAGACAAGAAGAAACAAUGCAAUUGAGUUUUGUUUUUUUUUCAUGGAUUUACAAAAAUGUCCAUUUGGCUACACCAUACACUUUAUUCUUGAAGCAUAAAAACAUAUAUUUAAAACCCAAUAUCAGAAAGUGAUAUGAAAACAAUUAAAUAAUAAAAACAUUUUUAAUGCA